AUGACUGGACUUUCCACCAACGCUAUUCACGCCGCAGACCACUUGAAGCGGGUUCCUGACGUUAUCCCACCAAUCAAUGUCUCCACGACGUUUAGGUAUUCGUCCAACCCGGACGAAUUGGUCAAGGCUGCUGAUAAUAAAGAAAAUAUCGACGAUACCCCAAUAUACUCCCGGUUGGCCCAUCCUGGUUCAAAUAGUGUAGAAGCGUUGCUUGGUCCUAUUGUCAAGGGACACAGUGUGGUGUAUAAUUCUGGACUUUCGGCCUUUUUCGCUGCGUUGACGCUCUUCAAUCCUCGUACCAUUGCCAUUGGUAAGGGGUACCAUGGGUGCCAUGGAAUAGUUGAUAUUUUCAAGAGGAACCAGGGCCUUGUGCAAAUCGGACUCGAUGAUGACUUUUCGGUGUUGCAAAAGGGAGAUAUCGUUCAUUUAGAAACUCCAGUUAAUCCCGAUGGAACUUAUUUUGAUAUUUCAUAUUAUGCAGAAAAGGCACAUAAAUAUGGAGCCCUCCUAAUGGUUGAUUCUACUUUUGCUCCCCCUCCGCUUCAAGAUCCUUUCCAACACGGAGCGGAUAUUGUAAUGCAUUCUGCCACCAAAUAUUUUGGUGGUCAUAGCGAUUUAUUGGCCGGGGUGCUAGUUACCCAAGAUCGUGAGAUUAAAAACCAGCUUCUCAACGAUCGAGUCUUCUUAGGGUCUAAUAUCGGCAAUUUAGAAUCUGCCCUCUUAAUAAGAAGUUUGAAAACCCUCGAACUAAGAGUUUUACAGCAAUCUAGAUCAGCCACUAGAAUAGUUGAAUAUCUUUCGCAAAACAUCGGUCAGUUCCCGGACUUGGUGGAAAUCGUUCAUGGCUCUUUACAAAAAGACUCCUAUAUCGCAACCCAGGUUACUGCUCAUACUCCGGUGUUUUCAAUCAAGGUUAAAAGUGAAGAUUUCGCUAAAAGAUUACCUUCAAAAUUGAACUUUUUCGAACACGCUACUAGUUUGGGAGGCGUCGAAAGCUUGAUUGAAUGGAGAGCCUUAAGUGAUGCCACAGUAGCUCCGGAUAUCCUAAGAAUUAGUAUUGGUAUUGAAAAUUCCGAUGACCUACUCAACGAUUUAAUCCAAGCAUUGUCCCAAUAA